GGCAACAUUGAGCCCACCUCUUCCUGUCGGUGUCAGAAAGGCAACUUCACCAUAUUUAGCUGGCUUGCCGAAGCCCUGCAGAGUUGUUCUGUCAACCAAGUCUGGAAAUCCCGACACUUAUCGGCGGACACACAGCGGGAUUGACAGCUUCGUUUCGACGCUUGGACACUACUUCCAGACGACGACGUCUGCGGAAGAGGGAGCCUGGGAAAAGCGACCCGCCUGAAGCAGCUGUUUUUAACGCGAUAAAAAGUGGCCGUCGUCUGUCAGAAUUCCAACUAUCGGUAGAGCUAGCCUGCGAGCUAACCACUUUAGCUGCUCCUACGAUUUCUUGUGCCGUGGUUAAAUAUUUAUGUCGUCCGUGGGGACGGCCACACAUCGGUGGGGAUUUAGUUGGACUCAAUGACCCCGCUGUGAUGAUCUCCUGACAGCUCCUCUCGUCUGCUCCAGCCACUUUCCCCCAAAGCCUGGCUAGCAAGCUAACUUGGCUAACUAGCAGAUUUUUCAUUCCCCACAGCAGCCACCGUCCUUCGCCGUGGCAGUGAAAUCCGAUUUUAGUAGUCGGCGUGCGGAGAAGGUGGUUUGUGGAGCCAACGGAAAACCAUAGCGAGGAUUGCCUUUUCAAAGUGCGAGUGAAAGAGGAGGAUAUCGGGGGUUGGGACACGCUGUUACUCAGCGGAGGAGGCAGAGGCGCUGCACUCCCGAAGGAGACACCGGACUUAACGGAGGAGUCCCGAACGUUUGACAUCUGUGAUCCGGGAAGCGAACCGGGCAGAGACCUCAUGAAUGGAAAUCGGAACUACAGGAGCCGUUGGGCCCCAGGCCCUGUUCUCCAUGCCUCGGCGGCCUGGCUAUGGCACCAUGGGGAAGCCAAUCAAGCUGCUGGCCAAUUGCUUCCAGGUGGAAAUCCCAAAGAUGGAUGUUUACCUUUACGAGGUCGACAUCAAGCCUGACAAGUGCCCACGUCGAGUGAACAGGGAGGUGGUCGACUCAAUGGUGCAGCACUUUAAGGUCACAAUUUUUGGAGAUCGGAGGCCGGUCUAUGAUGGAAAGAAGAGCUUGUACACAGCCAACCCACUGCCUGUGGCACCGACGGGGGUGGACCUUGAUGUCACCCUUCCAGGCGAGGGAGGCAAAGACCGUCCCUUUAAAGUUUCCAUCAAGUUCGUGUCUCUGGUCAGUUGGCACAUGCUGCACGAGGUGCUGACGGGCCGCAGCAUGCCUGAACCGCUUGAGCUGGACAAGCCCAUCAGCACCAACCCUGUGCAUGCUGUGGAUGUAGUCCUGCGGCACCUGCCCUCCAUGAAGUACACUCCAGUUGGCCGAUCUUUCUUCUCAGCCCCAGAGGGCUAUGACCAUCCUCUUGGAGGAGGGAGGGAAGUUUGGUUUGGCUUUCAUCAGUCUGUGCGCCCUGCCAUGUGGAAGAUGAUGCUAAACAUUGAUGUCUCUGCCACCGCCUUCUACAAAGCCCAGCCAGUUAUCCAGUUCAUGUGUGAAGUACUAGAUAUCCACAACAUAGAUGAGCAGCCUCGCCCCCUCACAGACUCUCAUAGGGUCAAAUUCACCAAAGAAAUCAAAGGUUUAAAGGUGGAAGUGACACACUGUGGAACGAUGCGGAGGAAGUACCGUGUUUGCAACGUGACCCGUCGGCCUGCCAGCCAUCAAACGUUCCCUCUGCAGUUGGAGAACGGUCAGACAGUGGAACGCACAGUAGCCCAGUACUUCAGGGAGAAGUACAACCUGCAGCUCAAGUACCCGCAUCUGCCCUGUCUACAGGUGGGCCAGGAGCAAAAGCACACCUACCUGCCCCUGGAGGUCUGUAACAUUGUAGCGGGUCAGCGGUGCAUCAAGAAGCUGACGGAUAAUCAGACUUCCACUAUGAUUAAAGCCACAGCUCGCUCUGCGCCCGACAGGCAGGAGGAGAUCAGCAGGCUGGUGCGAAGUGCCAACUACGAGGCAGACCCAUUUGUGCAGGAGUUCCAGUUCAAAGUGCGUGACGAGAUGGCUCAUGUGACGGGGCGAGUGCUACCCGCCCCCAUGCUGCAGUACGGCGGCAGGGUGAGCACUGAGCACUUUAUGAACCGCACGGUAGCCACACCCAGCCAUGGGGUUUGGGACAUGAGGGGGAAGCAGUUCCACACUGGAGUGGAGAUAAAGAUGUGGGCCAUUGCUUGCUUCGCCACACAAAGACAGUGCCGGGAAGAAAUUCUCAAGGGUUUCACGGACCAGCUACGUAAAAUCUCAAAGGAUGCUGGGAUGCCCAUCCAAGGCCAGCCGUGCUUCUGUAAGUACGCCCAGGGGGCCGACAGCGUGGAGCCGAUGUUCAGACACCUGAAGAACACCUACGCAGGACUGCAGCUCAUUAUUGUCAUCCUGCCUGGAAAGACUCCGGUCUAUGCUGAAGUGAAGCGAGUGGGAGACACCCUCCUGGGCAUGGCGACUCAGUGUGUUCAGGUGAAGAAUGUAGUGAAGACGUCACCUCAGACUCUCUCCAACCUUUGCCUGAAGAUCAACGUGAAGCUGGGAGGAAUAAACAACAUCCUGGUUCCUCACCAACGGCCAUCAGUGUUUCAGCAACCAGUUAUCUUUUUGGGGGCAGACGUUACACAUCCGCCAGCUGGUGAUGGGAAGAAGCCUUCGAUUGCAGCGGUGGUUGGUAGUAUGGACGCCCACCCCAGCAGGUACUGUGCCACGGUGCGUGUCCAGAGGCCCCGGCAGGAGGUCAUCCAGGACCUGGCCUCCAUGGUGCGGGAGCUGCUCAUCCAGUUCUACAAGUCGACCCGCUACAAGCCCACCAGAAUCAUUUUUUACAGGGACGGGGUUUCAGAAGGCCAGUUCAGACAGGUGCUGUACUAUGAGCUGCUGGCCAUCAGGGAGGCCUGCAUCAGCCUGGAGAAGGAGUACCAGCCAGGCAUCACCUACAUUGUUGUGCAAAAACGCCACCAUACUCGCCUCUUCUGUGCCGACCGCAACGAGAGAGUUGGACGCAGUGGAAACAUUCCUGCUGGUACUACUGUGGAUACAGACAUCACUCAUCCCUACGAGUUUGAUUUUUACCUCUGCAGUCACGCUGGAAUACAGGGCACCAGCCGACCCUCCCACUACCAUGUAUUGUGGGAUGACAAUUGUUUUACUGCUGACGAGUUCCAGCUGCUCACCUACCAGUUGUGCCACACCUACGUGCGCUGUACCCGUUCUGUCUCCAUCCCUGCACCCGCCUAUUAUGCCCACCUGGUGGCCUUCCGUGCCCGCUACCAUUUGGUGGACAAAGAGCAUGACAGUGCCGAAGGCAGCCAUGUAUCGGGUCAGAGUAACGGUCGCGACCCCCAGGCACUGGCCAAAGCUGUUCAGAUUCAUCACGACACCCUGAGGACCAUGUACUUCGCCUGAGCAAACAUCCCUCCCCAAUCCAUGAUCACCUUUAACACACAAAAACAAAAACAACCAUGCACGCCUGGUUUGCCAGUUGAGGAGUCCUCAUAGGUGCAUGCCCAGCCCCCCCGCCCCCAAUAUGCCGAGUCAAUGCGGACCUGACACUGUGCAGAAGAGAGAGCAGGGAGGAGGGAGGGGAAGAGGCAGCCCUACACUGGACUGAGGAUUCAAACGCUGCUUUAAAGACAGACAAGACAGACACUCAGCACUAUUAUGCAAUAUUAAACCAGCCAACUAGUUUAUUCCCACCAUUUCCAGGCCCCUCCUAUCUUUUCUUCCCUUGUUCGUGACCUUGUGGGUGUUUUUGUUUCUUUUCUUCUCCCCUCCUUCGGCACAGACCUUCCUAAUGGUCUCAUCCUGCACCAUCUCUAGUACCUCAAGUCAGUUUGAGCAGCAGCACUUUUACAUUCUUUCAGUUUUACUGUAGUUUGUCGAUACUCCCCGAGGUUUGAAACAAGAGAGAUGAUUAUUCGGAGUGUACUUUAAUGGACCACAGGUCCGUCACAUUGCCACUUUUCUCCCCUUUUCUGUCACUUCUCCCCAGUGUAUCACUUUAAUGAAGACAAAUGUUUUUUGAGCACACUGCCAUCUGUUGGCGACGAGGUAUAAAUACCCUCUAAAAGUCACAAUGAGAAGUCGUCUUGCAACGUUUUAGAUGAUUUAUGAUUUCUUGUAACAGUCAGUUGUCAGGUUUGAACUGGGGCAGUUUUUAUUGGCUGAUCUAAAGGAAAAAAAUGCUGAAUUGCAGCCAUGUAUCUUUAAGUAUAACACUGUUUUUUAAUCCAGUCAUUUCAUCUGCAUGCAGCGGAAAACUAUUGUUUUGUCCUUUUUAAUGAAUUAUGUAAGUGUUGUUCGCAUUCUUAGCAAUCAUCGUGCAUUCGUUUUCCUCAGUGCUUUAUCUUGCAUUUUCCCUGUUCAAGAUGGAUAAUUUGAUUGUGACAAUGGUUUCCUUUAGUGCAAUAAUCAGCUGAACGAAGGGAAGAGGAUUUUAGGGGAUUUGAAUGUCUCAAGAAUUUAAUAUUUCAAUGAAAAGUUUGCCCACUUCUAAGGCACUUAUUUUGUUGCUCCUCUGAAUUAAAGAGGCAGUAAUUAUUAUUUUUAUUUGUCACCCGUUGCUGUUGUGUGAAAAUGGUGCAUCCGCAGUUAUGGUGAUUAUUAUGUUUCAACUUGAACUGAAGAAAUUUAUGCACCACUAUAGCUUCAGAGUAUAAUUGAUUUUAAAGCUCCCAAACAUAAUUGUGUUUGAGAUUAUUUUUUUUCAAAGAUUCUCAACAGAUGGCAGCAAAGUGGAGUGUAAAGGCCAUAUAAAAUAAGUAUUCAAGUGCCUGGCAGAAAUGUUUAAUUAAAUAAAAACUGUAAGAAUCUCAUUUCAAUCAGUUAAAGAAGUCACAAACGGAAACUUUCACCUGAUGCCUGUUAUUUUUGUCCACAGCCAUCUGACUUGUCUAUACAUCUCAUUUAAAAUGACUAUAGAUCAAAAUAUUUAUUCCCUUUUUUCUCUUUCGUUAGCUAUUAGCUUUCCUUUAGAGCUGACUUUUAGUGUCUAAUUAGUAUUCGCAAGACAUGAAUCCAGCUGCUACAGUGGGCUUUUAAAAUAAUGGACUGGAUUUAUGGGUAUGGAGUUAAACUUGUCAUGAAACAAGAGACUUUCAGGAAACUUUUUGUUGAAGACGUCAGCCAGGUGUAAUUCCUGCCCAUCUAACUGGCCCUGAAUAGGAAAUGGCCUCAAAACAGAGCAGAGGAGUUAAUGUGGGGGAUUUGUGGCUAUUUGGUCACCGAAGACUUUUUAACACAUCAGAUGUGCCUUAUUGGUGCAAACAACGUCUCCAAUAUGGCAGCAUUAGCGCUGCCAUCUAAUUUUAAAUGUGUAGUCUGUGGCUCCCUCUGUUGCUGUCGCAGAGGCAUUUCAGCAAUGUAAAAACUGUGAUCCCACCAUACACCUCUGGGCUUGGGUUGAUGAUUGUGAUUUUCAGUGCGGUCCCCACAUUACUCCUCCUCUCCGUUGAAGGCCUGAAGCUUGUUCAGGAACAUGUUUUUAAAAAGUUAUCUGCACUAAAAGAAGCAUGUGUUUCUAAACGUAACACAAGCACGGUGCUACUCUAAGAGUUUGAAUCUGAGCCUCUGUGCAUGAGACUCUAAAUAAGCAGGUUAGGGUGAGGGAAAAAGAAAAAACCUCAGAAUGGAAGGACAGGAUAAGGUGCUUUUGCUAUGGUUGAUGCAAAGAGUAGAUUUACAAAUAAUUUAAGGUUAGAUUUUUUGGGGGUUUGAGAUCUUGUGAACGGUACAAUGGCAGACGUUCCUUUGAACACUGAGGUAUAAUGUAGAGUUCUGCCUCCACUGUCGCAGCCUUGCAGUCUGGAGGCCAGUGUGUUUUGAGCCUUCAUUAUUUCACUAGUACCUUUUUAAAAAGCCAGAUUAUGAAAUAUAUUUGUACAUUUUAAGUUCUGUAAUGCACACCACUUAUUUUUGCUAACAGAAAAGAUGUAGUCUAAUUAUUAAUCUUAGUAAUUAAUGUAUCAUAAGUAAAGGUUAAAAAGAUAUAACAAAGUUGAAUUAUUGCAGCUGACUGUUGACUUGUUCCUGUGUUGGUGUGUAGAUGUGUAGUACCUUUAUGAAAAGCAGUGGGGUUGUUGGACCUAGUGAUGUGUUUGGACUAUUAUCGGUAGGGAUGUGGUCUUCAGCCAUCGCUUUCUUUGAUGUUUGGCUAAAAGAAAAAAAAAAAGCUUGCAAGAUGCUUGAUGCUCUUCUAAUUUUUUUUCUCACAGCUGGAAAAGUAAAUGAAAUGAUGUUGGCAUGCUCUGAGCAGAUUUUAUUUCAGGACAGAAGAGUCAGUAGUCAAUAGUUUGCUGUUGAUACCUUUGAAUGUGUUGACUGCUCCUUGUAAAGACGGAGUAGAGCAAUUUUUGUGAUCCAUUUCAAAUCCACAUGAUCAAGGAAAUAAAUUAACAAUUGAGCCAUAGUUUUCAGUUCCUUUGAGUUAAAUCCUCUAAGGAUUUGCGUCGCACUGCAACCCCUGUUCCAGAAACUGGCCUCAAGCCCCUUCCAUGACCAGAGCGUCGGCCUACCGGCAAAUCAGUGUGACAAAGCCUGUAAUCUCAUUUUUUACACCUAAAUAAAGGUUCUCCUUUAUGCUGAAGGACUACAUUCAGUGGCCGUACAAUCCCCCCACUCGGGAAAUGAAAGGUUGAAACCGAAGGACAAUUUAGUGGGCUUUCCGGAGAUUUCAAGUGUGCAUGUUUUUGGAAAGACUUUUAAAUGAUCAGUGAGAGCUUUAUGCGGUAGGUUAUGUUGGAAGUUGAACAAAUGAGUGCAUGGCAGAAGAAAGAGAAGGAUUGUAUUUCUUUAGGCUGAAAAGCAUGUUGAGGGCAAUUGAACACAUGUUUACAUAGCGGAUGUGUUUGCCUGUCUUAUGUUUUAAUGCUGUCAGCUGGUCCUUGCAAAUACAACCAGAACAUUUCAGGCCUGCUGAUGUAAAUGCUCAGUUGUAUUUUUUUUUCUCUGAAACCAACAUUUCCUUUUUACUCUUUUUAAAAAUGUUAUUUGAUUUGAAAUAGUUUGGUGCACAAAAUAAAGAAUGAAACACCUAAUUAUCUUAGAUUUCUCUGUAGAAGAUAAGGUUUUCCAUUUUUUGUGUUGUAGAAGUAGCUACAUUUAACCUUUUUGUAGUAAUUGUGAUAGGUUCACCUGGCUUUGGUUGCUAUGCUUGUUUCAGGGAGGUAGCAAAGAAGUGAGAAGGAGCCCACUGAAAGUGCCUUUCCUCUCGAUGGUGCUGUUAUGUGAAAAUGUAAAGCUGAACUUAUAAAAUCUCUGCGGUGGCCACUUUACUACUCUCCAAGUGUUUGUUGGCAAUCCAAACAGGAAGUCAAUGUACCGAGACAGUGAGUCUGUAGAAUAGGAGGAUAUAAUGCCAAGUAGAUCUUUGUAGGACGUUCGGUGUCUUGGACCAGAAGUUCAUUGGGACAGUGGGAUGUGGUUCAGGGUCGGUUCGCGUGGAUCGAGCAUGGGUGGUGACAGGGAUCGUUUCUUUGACGCUUUUACGGCCCCCUGGUCGCGAGCGAUGAACUUAGCACAGCACUUUAGAGACUGCCACUCUCACUCAGACAUAUAGCCAAGAGGUUUCAGUCCCUGUUUCUCCAUUUUUCCUUCCGGCUUGGAGAAAAUCCAACCCGUCGCUCGGUUAUUUAAGAUGUGCCUCAUUUGGCUUCGUUUGGCUCGGUUGAGUCUGUCUUCUCUCUUGUGUCUGUUUCCUCUCAGAAACUGCCACUCAGUACAUCGCUAUAGCCACAGCUGGGCAUCAAUUAACAGUUUGUUGGGCCUGAAAUGUAGAAGGAAAUUUUGCACUGACAAACAUCAUGUUCUCAAAUGGUUUCUCUCCGACUGAAGAAAGCAAGACGAAUAAGAUCUCAAUAUGCUUGAAUAAGCUGGGAAAAAAUAGUCAAGUGUCCUUUUAGCUAACCGUGAGAAAACCAGGUUCUGUGUCAGUAUUGAGAUUUUAUACUUGAUGCCCACCUGAUGUAGCAGUAGACAACAACCUGUGGCAUUUUUUUCAUCGCAAUGCAACACCCUGCCUGUGUAUGUCGUCUCUGAUGGAGGGAACGAGUGCCCAACACAGUCCUCCUCGUCUCAAGCCGCUUUGGCAACAACUAAAAACCGAGGGACAUCUCUUUCCGAGGGGGUAGGAGGGGACAAGAGGAGGAGGAGGAGGGCCGAAUCUUUUUAUUACAAAAAAAAAAUCUCAAAACACUGCACCUCAUUUACCUUGGUAUGCUGCAUAUGUUGUACUACAUGAAAGAAAACUGCAAAUGGCUUUUAUUAUGACAUAUAAUGCUUGAGUAAUGCCUGAUUGCGAUAUUCUUAUACGGUAACUGUUUUAGAGUCAGAAUAGUUAUAACUGUAAAAAAAAUAUUAAAAGAAAAUCAAAAUAUUCUGUUUUGUCUUAACACUUAUUUGAUUUAAAAAAAGAUUGUUCUUGAGCCGACUUUUGUUGUCCUAUUUAAAUGUGUUCUUUCAAUAUAUAUAUAAAUAUAUACAUAUAUGAAAUAUAUAUGCGGAAUAUUUUAUAGUGUAUUUAUUGAAAGCGCUUUGAAGCGGCUGGAGUCUCCGCAUCGUUUUCGCAGUGUGGUGGGGGGGUGGAGCUAAGAGGAAGAUGCCCUUUUUCUUUUCCUUAAGCCGCUCCCCUUAAAUGUUGAUGCCUUAUUCUCUUUAACAAGCAAGCACAACAAUACGUCAGGGGGUAUGAGGUUAAGGAAAGAUUUGCCUUGUAACAGCCGUGCAACGGGCUCACUCUUCUAGUUUUUCAUUAUCUUCUGCUUUGACGUUUUUUGUUUUUUUUACCACCCAAGGGGGCGAUUUUCCCCUCCCCCACAUAUAGCUGAUCUCUGACGAAGGGAACCAUUUCUCAACCACACUGACCAGAGUGUCAAAAGCUGACUUUUAUUUUCAUCCCAAGCUGCUAAUUGGUACGUUAGCUAUGUAAGGGACAAGUGGUGUGGGGGGUAGGAAGGAAAGUUAUCUGAAAGGCAAUAUUUUUGGGGUCAUGUUGAAUUAUUAUAUAUUUUUUUUUAUUAUUUUAAGUUGGCUUAGCUUCUAUUCUCUUAAAAUUGUCUCCUUUCUGGUGCCAGAAUAUUUUACAGCAGGAACAGGUCUCAUUCCACAAGAGAAGACAUGCCUGAGCCUUAAAUGCAUUCUUACAGAGUUGACCUUGCAAAGCCUUUUCCUGGGCGGCCUACCAAGUAACCUAGCCUGCGUACUUGAUCUGUCAUGACUUCAGAACUGGUGUCCUCAUCUCUGCUCACUUCACACAGAAACCACUAACAUGGAUUGAUUGUUUUUUUUUUCUUUGGAGAACUCUGAAGUGUAAGCUUUUUACAUAAUGCUUUUGGCAGAAUAGAAACCAAGUCUGGGUCAAACGGCAUUUGGAAACCCUUCUUAGCAUUUGUUUCCACCUGAUGAGCAGCACUCUCUGCUUCAGGAUAAUGAUAUAAUCAUUUAAUUUGAUUUUUUUUUCUUUUUUACAACCAAUUAUUGUCUCAUCACUGAUGACAAAUCCAAAGAACAGUAUUUUCAGAUACAGUUUGACCUUGGCCUUAGAGAACCAUGAGGUUCCCCUCGCCUACUGGAUAACAGAGACCUGUGCCUGUACAAUAAACCAAGGAUGAAUUGUGUUGUAAUGACUGAUUUUUUUUGUUUUUUCUCUUUAUUUUUUAUUGCUUACUCCUGAGUCUGCAGGAGGAUCAGAGACAUGGACCUUUUCAAGUUUUGUCUAACAUAUUCCAAAGCAAAUAGGCCCUUUUGUCCUUUAAACCAAAUUAUCUUUGGUAUAAUAAAUGUUUACCAGAAUGUUUACUCCCUCAGCCCACAUUUCACCUUUUUCUUUUUUUUUUUUUUUUUUUUUGCAUUUUGCAUUCCAGCAGAUUUCAAACCAAAUAUUGCAGAUGAGAUUAGGCUCCUGAUGCCGUUUACCUUGUACACACUUGAUGGUUUGACGACAGAUGAAUAACAGUGGCCAAGGAUUUGAAAAACAUUGUAUACUCUGAUUGCUUGAAUAUUCUUAUUUUUGUCUUCACUGUAGCAAAUUAGAGAUCCUGGGCUCUGAUACUUCUGAGUGAGGCACCAGCAAAGAGACACACGUUGAGCAGUCACAAAAAAACGGACGAUCCAUGUCUCAGUAUUUUGCAAAGGCUCUGUUGUACCAACAGCUCUAUUCCUUUGAGUUUUAAAUGUCUUUCUUUUGUAACCCUCAUAUAGUUUGUUGCCCUUUUUAGUGUUGCUUUGCUUCAGUUUGAAGUGUAUCUUUGACUAAUACUUGCAAUAAAAUGCUUUGCUUAA